CUCAAGGUGUGGUUCAUCUUCUUCAUCCCGCAAAUCGCUACUACUGAGUCAUUGCCUGCAUUCUCAGUCGUUCACUGAGCGUUAUUCUUUCUUCAAUGGCUUCGUCUGCAGAUACCCCAAUUCCAUUGUGGCUGGACUGUGAUCCCGGUCAUGAUGAUGCCUUCGCUAUUCUUCUCGCUGCCCAUCACCCCUCAUUGAAGCUUCUCGGUAUCACAACUAUCCAUGGCAACUCGUCUCUAGACAAUACUACAGUCAACGCUACUCGGGUCCUGGAAGCUAUCGGUCGCUCAGACGUUCCUGUUUAUCCUGGAACCAAGAAGCCCUUCUGUCGGCCCGCUGUUCAUGCCCCCAAUAUCCACGGCGACUCCGGUAUCGAUGGUACAGAGCUACUCCCGAAGGCGACCGCACUCCCCAUCACCGACAAAAACCCCAUCCUUGCGAUGCGCGACGCACUCUUGGCCGAGCCCAAGGGUACGCCCUGGGUCAUUGCUACCGGCACACUGACCAACGUGGCCCUGCUGUUCGCUACGUUCCCGGAAGUGGUGGAUCACAUUCAGGGGCUGAGCAUCAUGGGAGGAGCUGUUGGCAAUGGCUUCACUGAUGUCCCUAUGAGUAGGAUUGAAGGUCAGCAUGACCGGAUUGGAAACGUGACCCCCUUCGCCGAGUUCAACAUUUACUGCGAUCCGGAAUCGUCUCAGUCCAUCUUCAGUAACGCUGCCCUGGCAUCCAAGACGUAUCUGAUUGCUCUCGACUUGACCCAUCAGGUCCUGGCUAGCGAACAGGUGCGGAACCUCCUCCGCCACGGCGGGGAUAAUUCCUCCGUUCAGCCUUCGACCCUCCGGCAGAUGCUGUAUGAACUUCUCAUUUUCUUUGCCUCCACGUACGAGAACGUGUUUGGACUGUCUUCAGGUCCCCCCCUACACGACCCGCUCGCCGUGGCGAUCAUCCUGUCCACCCUGAACCCCCUUUACGCAAAGAACCACCCUGAAAAAGCUCUUAAGUUCGAUGACCACAACGGCGAGCGCUUCGCUGUCAACGUCGUCACCAACGGUCUUCACUCGAGUGAUAUGCAGCUGGUUGGACAUCUGGGCCAAACCGUGGUUAAACCUGCACCGAACGCUGUCUGCAUUCCUCGGGGCGUCGAUCUCGACGCUUUCUGGAACUUGAUCAAUGAUUGUUUGAGAAGAGCGGAUGAGCUGAACGCUGCACGAAAGGUAUAAUCUAGAUGUUCAGCAUAUCGGCUUCAUUGCACAUGGCGGUUCGAGGUGUAGAUUAAGAUAGAGAUUCGGGUACGAGAUCAUCCAAUUAGGAUAGAAAUGAGAUAGAUAUGAAUUGGAUAGCAUUGAUC